CCCGAGCCGCUGAGGCUGCGGGCUUGGUCUGGCGCUGCUGCUUUGGUUGCGGCCCGGCCGGGGGCUGAAGGUUGGAGAGAAAUCCAGGUACUCUGUUGAGUGGUACUUUCUGCCACCAUGGGGGAGCUUUUCCGGAGUGAGGAGAUGACGCUGGCCCAGCUUUUUCUACAGUCAGAAGCUGCUUAUUGUUGCGUCAGUGAAUUAGGAGAAUUGGGAAAGGUUCAGUUUCGUGAUUUAAAUCCGGAUGUGAAUGUUUUCCAGCGGAAAUUUGUGAAUGAAGUUAGAAGAUGUGAAGAAAUGGAUCGAAAGCUUCGAUUUGUGGAGAAAGAGAUAAGAAAAGCUAAUAUCCCUAUUAUGGACACUGGUGAAAACCCAGAGGUGCCCUUCCCCCGGGACAUGAUUGACUUAGAGGCCAAUUUUGAGAAGAUUGAAAAUGAACUGAAGGAAAUCAACACAAACCAGGAAGCUCUGAAGAGAAAUUUCCUGGAACUGACUGAACUAAAAUUUAUACUUCGCAAAACUCAGCAGUUUUUCGAUGAGAUGGCGGAUCCAGACUUGUUGGAAGAGUCCUCGUCCCUCUUGGAGCCAAGUGAGAUGGGAAGAGGCACACCUUUAAGACUUGGCUUCGUGGCUGGUGUGAUUAACCGGGAGCGCAUCCCUACUUUUGAGCGCAUGCUUUGGCGGGUCUGCCGGGGAAAUGUGUUCCUGCGACAGGCUGAAAUCGAGAACCCCCUGGAGGAUCCUGUGACUGGUGACUACGUGCACAAGUCCGUAUUCAUCAUUUUCUUCCAAGGCGAUCAGCUGAAAAACAGAGUCAAGAAGAUCUGCGAAGGGUUCCGGGCCUCACUCUAUCCCUGUCCUGAGACACCACAGGAGAGGAAGGAAAUGGCUUCUGGAGUUAAUACCAGGAUUGAUGAUCUCCAAAUGGUUCUCAAUCAAACAGAGGAUCACCGCCAGAGGGUCCUGCAGGCAGCUGCUAAGAACAUCCGUGUCUGGUUCAUCAAGGUGAGGAAGAUGAAGGCCAUCUACCACACCCUGAACCUGUGCAACAUCGAUGUGACCCAGAAGUGCCUGAUUGCAGAGGUCUGGUGCCCCGUCACCGACCUUGACUCCAUCCAGUUUGCGCUCAGGAGGGGCACGGAACACAGUGGUUCCACUGUGCCCUCUAUUCUGAACAGGAUGCAAACAAAUCAGACGCCCCCAACCUAUAACAAAACGAACAAGUUCACAUAUGGCUUUCAGAACAUAGUAGAUGCUUACGGAAUUGGAACUUACCGAGAGAUAAAUCCAGCUCCCUAUACCAUCAUCACUUUCCCUUUCCUGUUUGCUGUGAUGUUUGGGGACUUCGGCCAUGGUAUUUUGAUGACCCUAUUUGCUGUAUGGAUGGUAUUGAGGGAGAGCCGGAUCCUCUCUCAGAAGAAUGAGAAUGAGAUGUUUAGCACGGUGUUCAGCGGCCGGUACAUUAUUCUGUUGAUGGGUGUGUUUUCCAUCUACACUGGCCUCAUCUACAAUGAUUGCUUUUCCAAGUCUCUUAAUAUCUUCGGGUCAUCCUGGAGUGUACGGCCGAUGUUCACUUUAUAUAAUUGGACGGAGGAGACGCUUCGGGGGAACCCUGUUCUGCAGUUGAACCCGUCUGUCCCUGGAGUUUUUGGUGGACCAUACCCUUUUGGCAUCGAUCCAAUCUGGAACAUUGCUACCAAUAAACUGACCUUUCUCAACUCCUUUAAAAUGAAGACAUCUGUUAUCCUAGGCAUCAUCCACAUGAUGUUUGGAGUCACUUUGAGCCUCUUCAACCAUACCUAUUUCAAGAAGCCCCUGAAUAUCUACUUUGGAUUUAUUCCUGAAAUAAUCUUCAUGACCUCUUUGUUUGGCUACUUGGUUAUCCUUAUAUUUUACAAGUGGACAGCCUAUAAUGCUAAUACAUCUGAGAAAGCGCCAAGCCUCCUGAUCCAUUUCAUAAACAUGUUUCUCUUUUCCUACGGGGACUCUAGUAAUUCGAUGCUGUAUUCCGGACAGAAAGGAAUUCAGUGUUUCCUGGUAGUGGUUGCGCUACUGUGUGUACCUUGGAUGCUACUAUUUAAACCACUGGUCCUUCGCCAUCAAUAUUUGAGGAGGAAGCAUUUGGGAACUCUCAACUUUGGUGGGAUCAGGGUGGGCAACGGACCGACAGAGGAGGAUGCUGAGAUUAUUCAGCAUGACCAGCUCUCCACCCAUUCAGAGGACGCGGAAGAGUUUGACUUUGGGGACACCAUGGUCCACCAGGCCAUCCACACCAUCGAGUACUGCCUGGGCUGCAUCUCUAACACCGCCUCCUACCUGCGGCUCUGGGCCCUCAGCCUCGCUCAUGCACAGCUGUCCGAGGUGCUUUGGACCAUGGUGAUCCACAUCGGCCUCAGCGUGAAGAGCUUGGCAGGAGGUUUGGCGCUGUUCUUCAUUUUCGCCGCCUUUGCCACCCUGACCGUGGCCAUCCUCCUGAUCAUGGAGGGCCUCUCGGCCUUCCUCCAUGCGCUGCGGUUACACUGGGUGGAGUUCCAGAAUAAAUUCUACAGCGGAACCGGUUUCAAGUUCCUACCCUUCUCCUUCGAGCACAUUCGGGAAGGGAAGUUUGACGAGUGAGCCCGUCGUGGGGCUGUGUGCCGGCAGGCUGCCCUCCCCACUCCCUGCACAGUGGUUACCUGUGCUCCUCUUGCCUGUUGGUUGUGUUCCCUGGAUAUCGGGGCGUUUGUGUCAUCCCCGCCACCCCUCCCCCAGCUGCCUGUGAGUCAUUUAGAUAGAUCCGUCCCUCCCUGAGUCCCCUGCCACAGCCACCUUCAUGUGUAGUGUAGAGAGAAGCCGGGCUCUGGCUGUCACUUACACCCACUAGGCACCGGCCUUGCCCCCUCAGCCUCCGUCCAGCCAGAGACAGCCCCUUCUCUGUCCCCCGGUGAUGAAAAAGUUUGUGCAUUUUACAUUUGAGCCCAAAGCCCACGGAAGGAGUGCUGUCACCAUCCACACCCAGACUUUGAGCCCCCCUUUUCCUGCCACUCUAGUUACUGGUUGGGGGCAGGGGUGCUCUUUAACACGCCCCAUUCUUGGGUUAGCAGGGGUAGUUCCAGGAAGGUGGCAUGUCUGUCCUCUGCCCAUCCCCUCUGGUCUUCAGAACAGUUGUUAAUCAGGAAUUCAGCUGGACCCAGCUGUGCUGUCGUGCGCCGCUUCUCCCUGUCACUCCCAAGGGUCCCAGGGUGCCCAGCACCACCUCCCUAGCCACACCCUCUCCUCCUCCCUCCCAGAAUCCCCUCCUUCCCCCUGCCCCUGUGUGUACCCAGCAUAACAGCACAGCCGGGAGUGACCCGAGCAGAGAGGUCCUGGGCUGCCUCCUCUGGUUGGAGGCUUCUCAGGCCAAGCUGUGGGCCCCGCCACAAGCACGCUCUCUGGGCAGAGGGUUCAAACCGUUGCUCUUGCCUGGUGCAGACCCCAAGACCUUCCCCUACCCCCAAUCAUGAGUCUUGAGGGCAGGACCAUAGUCAUCCAGGGUGGUUCUGCCUGCAGACCUGCCUUCUCUGCCCUCCCGUGCCCCUCCCCACUUCCACUGGGGACCCCAGUCAAGGGAGUGGGGUCCUGGGCAGCGAAGGCUGGUGCCAUUUACAUUUUGCGGAUUGGAGGCAAUGGCCAGGGCUGCAGUGUGCUGGUUGUGAGAGCUGCACCCCCACCCCCACCCCCACGGGCCACCUCUCCUGUCACCCCCAGGGCUAUGGCUUUUAGGGCCUUUGAAUCAUGUGUUGACACAGCAGCCCUGGCUGCUUCACUAAAUUGAACCCUGGGGCCCCCAGUGGUGGAGAUAAUCCCCUGAAUGGGCCAGGCCCCCGCCCUCCUCCCACCCUGGCUUUUCUGAGUGAGUUACUUAGAGCUGCUCAGGACUCUCCUGGGCAUGGGCCACCCACCCCAGCUUCCCCGUGUGCUGGCCAGUGUGACCCUGUGCUGAGCCCCCUCCCCUCUGGGCCCGGUGGUUUACAUGAUGACUUUGCUCUGGGUACAGCAGGGUUUGAAGCAGAGCUCUUUGUCAGGAACCCUGCCCAAGGCCCUUGUGUUCACACAUUCCUGUGCUGAAUAAAGUGUGCUUGACCCUA